AUGAUCUUCAAUCCACUUCUUGAACAAGGACUACCAACAUUUGUUGAACAAAGAGGUCUUUAUGAGACUAGGGAACGUCCUUCAAAAACGUUUUCAUGGAAGGCAUUUAUUGCUGCUCAAAUCACUGCUGAAAUUCCAUGGAAUGCAUUAGUCGGUACUGCUGCUUUUUUCUGUUUUUACUAUCCUGUUGGCUUCUACAACAAUGCUUCUCCAAGUGGUACUGCAGCUGUUAACCAAAGAGGUGCUUAUGCUUGGUUCUUUAAUGUUUUGUUUUAUAUUUAUAUUGGUACUACUUCUCAUCUUGUCAUGGCACCAUUGGAGUUGACAGAAUCUGCUGGUAAUGUUGGUUAUUUGAUCUUUACUUUAGGUUUAACUUUCUGUGGGGUAUUGGUUAGUUUGGAUAAACUUCCUGGAUUUUGGAAAUUUAUGUAUCAGGUUUCACCAUUCACUUAUAUUGUUGAUGGGUUUUUAUCAAAUGGUCUUGCAAAUAAUAGAGUGCAAUGUUCUUCCACUGAAUUAGUUCGUUUCAGUCCAUCAACAGGUUAUAAUUGUGCACAGUAUAUGGAAUCAUACAUUACAAAAGCAGGUGCAGGUUACUUAGCGGACCCAUUUGCUACUGAGAACUGUGAAUUUUGUGCUAUUUCAUCCACUAAUGAUUUCUUGAGAGUUGUUGGGGUUAGCUAUGAUAGAAGAUGGAGAAACGUUGGUAUUUUCAUUGCAUUCAUCUUUUUCAAUAUUAUUGGUGCUACUUUCUUGUAUUGGUUAGCUAGAGUUCCAAAGAAAGCAGAUAGAGUGAAAUGUGUCAAAAAAGAAGGUGAAGUGAAUGUUCCACAAUCUGAAUAUUCCAAGUCAAUGAUUGAUAAAGAAGAUUCUACAAUUGUCUAA